UUAAAAAGUCAUGAAUAUGUUCCAACUAUUAUUCACAAAAUUUGCUGAUAUUUUAUUAUCAUCCAGAACUUAUCCGUUCUUGUAAUGUCAGCCAUUCAUGUAAAAUUAAACAAAAGAAAUGGGCGUUAUUUGGACAAAAGAAAUAAAUACUAACGUAAGACAGUUACUACAAAAUAAUUGGAGGGCAUCUUAAUAGAAUGAAAUGAUUGUGUAAUUUUUUAUUGAAAAUGAUGGAAAUUCUUUCUUGGUUGAAGAAUGGUGUUUAAUUCAAUAAGAAGGCACAAUUUCUAAUCAGUUAACUGGUAAAAAGAGUAAUACAUUACUUAAAUAAUUAAUGAUAUGGUUAAGAUCUGCAAUUGCAAUGAUGACUAUGACAACUAUAUUUUAAGAAGAACUCAUAAUAAAAUAAUAUAAAGUAUCUCAUAGUUUAUUAUUCUACAAUAAGAAUACAAAAAAAAGAAGUGAUUGGAUAGAUGAUUCAAAAUUAUAAGUUAAAAAAAUCACAACAAAAUUUCUUAACCAACAAAACUUUUAAUUGACAAUAGCUUAACAAGGAUCAUUAGAAUAAGUAUUAUAAGAAAGAAUGAAUAGAAUUGAAUCACCUUUAUAUAAGAGAUGUCGUUAUUUAAGUGAAUAAAUUUGUGAUAGAGACUCAUAAGUAUUUUAAAGAAAAAUGACAAUGGAUUCAGAAUAAUGGGAGUAAUAAAAAUCAAACCUUAUUGAUAAUACAUCACCUUCAUCUACAAAUAAUCUUAAUAGAUCAUUUAUUUCAGUCUAUUCUAAAAAAGAAGAAGUUGAAUUACUUUUUACUCCAGAAGAAGCAGUUUUAAAAUUAUAAGAUAAAAACUUUUUAGAUGAAGAUUAUGAAAUAAACAUGAUGACAAACGAUCAUGUAUAAAAAGAAAUGUUUAUUUCAUAAAUUAUGAUUACUAAUAAACUUUCAACAGAAGAAAAGAAUAAUUAAUAACAAAUUUUGAAUACUUUAAAGAAUUUUCACAAUAAAACUAAAAAUAGAAGAACUAGAUCUUUAUAAAUCACUAAAUUAUUGAGUUUCUAUAGACAAUUAUAAUGA